UGAUUCAAAACUCUCAGAUGAUGCUCGCGUCUCUGAGCUGAUAUUCUCGGAAAAAACACACUCGCAUUAAGUUUGAUAAUGUCUGCUGAGGUAGAAGAGUCAGCACCCGCCCCAGCCCCUGCUCCAGCAGCAACCAAAGCGAAGAAGGCAUCGGGGAAUAAGGCAAAACCUGCCGUAAGUGCUUCUCCAGCUAAAAAGAAGAAAAAGAAGAGUAAAGGGCCCGGCAAGUACAGCCAGCUCGUCAUUGAUGCGAUCCGAACCUUGGGCGAGAAAAACGGCUCGUCGCUUUUCAAGAUAUACAAUGAAGCGAAGAAAGUGAGCUGGUUUGAUCAGCAGAACGGGCGCAUGUAUCUGCGCUAUUCCAUCCGCGCGCUCCUGCUCAACGACACGCUCGUGCAGGUGAAGGGACUGGGGGCCAACGGCUCAUUCAAGCUCAAUAAAAAGAAAUUUGAGAAAAAGCCAAAGAAAAGUGCAGCCAAGGCGACCAAGACGGAAAAGCCUGCCAAGUCGGCGUCCAAAAAAGCCGUGACCAAGAAAGUGAGUGCAAAGAAGAGUGCCAAAAAGAGCUCCGUUAAAAAGAAGACCACGAAGAAGACUAGUGUUAAGAAGGUGACUGCCAAACCGAAGAAAGCAGCUGCAAAAAAGCCAAACGUCGCGGUGAAGAAGGCAACCAAGGCAAAGAAAUCAAAAUAGACUCUUUGGAAUUGAAGAUUUUAUUUUUGUAUAUAGCUAGCUUCUUGGCAAGCGAAUCCAGAGAUAUGGGGAAAUGUCUUUUUUUUUUUUUUUUAAUUCUUUGAAAAAUAUUGCUUUUGUUGAUGUCAUGCUGUAAUUUGGGGUUUGAUGUAGUUCUUUCUAGAAACGGCUCCAUAGAGACACACCCACUUUAGUUUCUGUGCUGCAAUACGUCAUGCUUUUGUUUGAUGUACUGAACAGGAUGCUUGGUACAAACUAACUAAAAGACAAGAAACGCUUUGUAAAUAUAAGUUAGCAUUAGAACAUUGUUUUUUUAUAUUAUUUGUAUUGCAUAUGCAUUGUUUCUGGACUGCAAAAGCAACAAAUAUGUCCAAUAAACAUCUGAUUUUUAAAUACAAA